AUGUUGCGAACAAUAAAACCGAAGAAUGCUCGUUCGAAGCGGGCACUGCAGGCCCGCGAGCCGAAGGAAGUCGAGGACUCGCGGACGGCAAUUUUCGUAAAGGGAACACACACUGGAGAGAAGGUGACUGCAGUCAUGAAGGAACUGAUGGCCCUGAAACGGCCAAAUGCCAUAUCCUUCUCCAAGAAAAACCCCGUGCGACCAUUUGAAGACGUCUCCUCACUCGAAUUUUGGGCACAGAAGAACGACGCCAGUUUGUUUAUAGUAGGACAGAGCACAAAGAAGCGUCCAGAUGGUAUGGUGUUUAUUCGCAUGUACGACAAUCGGGCGCUGGACAUGUGCGAGGUGGGCGUGGACAACUGGGUCAGCAUGAACGAUUUCAAGACACCAAAAUCGACGCCAGGGCACAAGCCAUUGUUGCACUUUGCCUCCGAGCUCUUCGACACACAUCCCCGGUUCAUCCAGCUAAAGUCAAUGCUGAUGGACUUUUUCAACGGCGAGGUCAUCGAUUCGAUCUGCCUCGCAGGCCUCGAGCAUGUCAUCAGCAUCUCCCUCGCCCCUACACCAAAAUCGCUCAAUUCCACAACCGCCACCGAUACCCUGAAUGCGUCGACUCCAGACGCUCUGGCAGACGCGAGCCAGCUGCCGAAGGUACAUAUUCGCGCAUACACCGUGCGUUUACUGGCGUCGGGGACACGGACGCCCCGAGUAGAGCUGAGGCCCAUGGGCCCAUCGCUGGAUCUGUCCCUGAGACGGAACAAGGAGGCGGAUCCUGAGAUGUGGAAGCAGGCCAUGAAACGACCGAAGUUGCGGAAGGUGGACGUGGAGAAGGGCCUGGGGAAGAGGAAAAAGAAUCUGGAGGUGGACGAGAUGGGCGAUCUCCGGGGCCGGAUUCAUGUGGCGAAGCAGGAUUUGGACCGGCUGCAGACGAGGAAAAUGAAGGGUCUGAAGGCGGGCAGGGACGUCGGGGAGGAGUCGGACGCCAGCGAGGACGAGGAGCAUGCGCCGCGGAAACGGAGACGGGGGAUGUCGGCGUCGGCGUGA